UCUCUGCCCGCGCUUCUGGAAGGAGCUGCAGGAUGGCAGACGUUCUCUAGGGCACCCAGCCUUGGAAAACCACAGGAUGGAGGGAAGGUUUCUCUGGCUGCUGCCUCUGCCCCAGGACACCUGCGAAGGGAAACGGCGGGGCGGUGGGGGCCACUCACCUUCUCCAGCUUCUCGAAGUGCUCCCGGAGGAACUUCAUGGGGCGCUCGGGCUUGGAGAUGCAGAGGUGCACGAUGCCGUCCUUGAGGACCUGCUGGAUCCCGUGCAGCUGCACGUACAGCUCGCAGCCCUUCAGGCUCUCGUCCUCCUCCAAGGGGCAGGUGGGCGGGGAGGCCAUGGCGCGGGCUGCUGCUUCCUUCCUGUCCAGAAAACAGAUCACCGAGGCCUGAGAGCGGCCCGGGGCUGCGCGCCGCAUAAACGCAGGCGGCGUGAAUCAGGCUUCUCCAAGGAGCCGGUAAGAAAGUCACUGUUUCCCUUUCAUUCCGCAGAGCCAGGUGAGUUGUUAAACGUAACGACCCCCAGAGCUUUCCCUCUCAACGCACCGGGCAGGGGUGGAUGGGCUCGGACACAGGCGCACGCGGCUGAGAAGCCCCUUCUGCGGCUCCGAGGAUUCCGCAGUGGGAGGAGUAGGGGGGCCGGGCGCCCUGUGGGUCUAUCCCGGGGGUUACAGGGCCUUGCGCUCCUCCAUCCCCUCCUUCUGGGGGCACUCGUGUGAAAUGUGAAUGCUGGGGGGCCCCUGCGCGCGGCCUCAGGGGAGGGAGAGAGGAGGGUGAGGCUGUGGAUGGGCUGGGCUGGGCGGGCCUCUUCACAGAAAAAAGCAGAAACGCAGGUAAACAAGGGGAGCCGGGCGGGGGGAACCGGGGGAGACAAACGCGGCGGCCGCGCAGGCGAAGUCACCAUGGCCAGGCCUGGCCGCGCCCGCCCCGCACUGCAGAGCGCAGGACCGCAGCCCAGCCCAGCCGCCCCCGGGGAAAGCGGCCUCCAACCCAAGAUCCCGCACCCCGAGCCCCAGCCCCGGCCUCCGCACCGGGUGAUGAGAAGGAUAGCAAAAGAGGCCCAGGUGACACCUGACCGAGGCGGUGUCUUCUUUGGGGGCAGACGCUCCAGGGCUGGCUGCUUCUCUACCGGGCUCUCCUGGGGUUCUCUGGAAACCCCCUAUAAAGACUUCCCCCGAACUGUGCCUCUAGCAAGAGUGGAGGCCCCUCUCCAGCUGACCUCACAGGAUAGCCCUCCGAUCCCAAGGCACACACACAAGCCCUCCUUCUGCUGCGAUACCUCCCCAGGCAGAGAGCCUCCUCAGCCUGUGUCCUUUAGAGACAAGGACCGCCCAGGUUUGGAGGCUGGCUGCUGGCAGCAUGCACCUGGCCCACCAGACAUGCGACCCCGGGCCCCACUGAGCUGAGGUCCUCCUCACUGGUACAACAGCAGCUCCCACUGCUUCUCACUUUCACACUUUUCCUGGUCAUUCAGGUCCCUGUUCCAGUGGCCCCCAACCUCUGCCCCUCCCCCACCCUGUAAGAACUCCCUCUCCAGACUGGCUCUGGUAGAAGUUUGAGGUGUGGCCCCCACCGCCCCAGCCUGCAGACGACCUUCUGCCUGAUUCCCAGGCCUCUCCUGCUGCAGCCUUACUGGCUUGAGCCAAUGCCAGAUGGUUCCUUAGUGUCCUGCUCACUGUCUGAUCAGUCCCAGAGGAUGAAAUCGACACAGAAGUGGGAAGAAACAGGAUCCUGGAGAAACGGAGCCACGGCCAUCCUCAAACUAAACCUGAGGCUCUCCCCAUAUCUGGACUUCCCAAUUCUGUUCAUCAAUAAAUGCCUUCA